GCGCUGCAGCGGGCGGCCCUCCCGCCCCGCCCGCCCCGCCGCUCUGUGCCGGCCGUCUCGGCGGGCCGCGGCUGACGUCGGACAACAAAGAUGGCGGCGGGGAGCAGCAACUACUGGGAAGACCUGCGGAAGCAGGCGAGGCAGCUGGAGAACGAGCUGGACCUGAAGCUGGUCUCCUUCAGCAAGCUCUGCACCAGCUACAGCGGCGGCCGGGACGGGCGGCGCGACAGGUAUAGCUCUGACACCACUCCUCUCUUAAAUGGGUCAAGCCAGGACAGAAUGUUUGAGACCAUGGCUGUGGAGAUUGAACAGCUUCUGGGAAAGCUUACUGGAAUAAAUGACAAAAUGGCAGAAUACACAAACAGCGCAGGAGUCCCGUCCCUGAACGCUGCACUAAUGCAUACGUUACAGCGUCACAGAGACAUAUUACAGGAUUACACUCAUGAAUUCCACAAAACCAAAGCAAACUUUUUGGCGAUACGAGAAAGGGAAAAUCUGUUGGGAUCAGUACGAAAAGAUAUUGAAUCAUAUAAAAGUGGCUCUGGUGUGAAUAACAGAAGAACAGAACUAUUCCUGAAGGAACACGAGCACCUUCGAAACUCAGAUCGGCUGAUAGAAGAAACAAUAAGCAUCGCCAUGGCAACUAAAGAAAAUAUGACUUCGCAGAGAGGGAUGUUGAAGUCAAUACAAAGCAAGAUGAAUACCUUGGCUAAUCGGUUUCCAGCAGUGAACAGCCUGAUUCAAAGGAUCAACCUUCGGAAACGACGAGAUUCUUUCAUCUUGGGUGGCGUCAUUGGCAUCUGUACCAUCCUACUGCUGCUCUACGCCUUUCAUUGAUGGAUGUGCCCCCGUGGACUCUGCUAAACUCAUCACCACCAUCCCUCCCCCCCAGUCAAGGAAAAGCGAGUGGGGGAAGAGACAGACUUGGAACAGCCUGCUCUUUGUGGCUGGGAGUAUCAGCAUGAUGUCUAAAGUUUAGGAUGGUAGACUGCGACACUGGUUUUGGGUUGAAGCUGCAGUGUUUCUCCUUCCCUGCCAUACAUCUUCCUUUGGUUAAAUUAGAUGGUCUUUUUUUUUUUUUUUUUUUUUUCUUCUUUAAUUCCCUUUUUCACUGCAAGGUAAGUAAACGUGGGACUCUUAACAAAACCAGUAGAACAGCUGCUGUGCUCAGCGAUGCUGGGGAGGUCUGUUGUUGGCUGGUAGGUGGAAAAAGUGUUAGGCAUCCCUGGGCUGAAAGCUGCAGGAAGCCUGCUUCCCCGCUAGGCCAAGCACAGUACUGAACACUUUUGCCCUAUGAGAAGAAUAUUGCAGCUUUAAGCCAUCAGGUUGCUCUACUACUAAAUACAUGUUCUGUAAUUCUUUUUAACUCAUGGCUGAGAUACUAGUUAUUUCUGCGUUAUUUGUGCUGUGAAAACUGUGCUUCACGCAAAUUCCUCAAAAAAAAAAUGGAUUGUUCAGUUCACUUUUUGCACAGAAUAUGAAUAAACUACCCUCUGAGGAACACUUAUAGUUUUUUUUUGUGGCUUUAAAGGGACUCACAAGUCCCCUUUUGUAAAAAGGGAGCACAGUGUCCUAGCAGCUGUUUACCAUAGUGUUCAGUCAUCUGAAACGUGACCAAACGUGAGUUCACCUAAAAAGAGUCUUUUGGGUGUAAAUACUUGGAUUUUGGAUGACAUCAUAAAGGUCUUUAUAAAGACAUGAUUGAAAAGCCUAUAUUGUAAUUUACAUAAAGUUAUUCUAAUAGCAUUAAUAUUUUUACACUGUAAGUAGGAUAUAAUCUAAACUGUCAAUUGGAAAUUAAAAUUAUGAUGGUUAUAGCUGAGGCAAAUGUAUCUAAGUGCAAAAGUUUGGGACGUGCCUCCUCGUAGUAAAGAGCUGAAUGUAUGAAUAGUGAACCAAGUUUCAUUUACCAUUAUCUGGGGGGAAGUAUUUUUUUCUUGUCCAGACAUGGAACAUGAACCCUGUUGUGUUUGUGUCAAUAAACAAAACCGAUGUCAGGAAUGGCUUUGAUAUUGCAGAUUCACAAGUUACGGAUUUUUUCUGCUCUCUCAAUGGCUCUUUUUCCAUCUGUCAUAUCAUAACCCACUAAAUUGAAACCGAGGCACUGAAAUCUCUUUCUAAGAACUCGAUUAACUCUUUUCGCGGUGAAUUUACAGUGCUCCUAACUGGUUUCACGUAUGCCAUUACCCACAAAUGCCAGGUAGUCUCCGGGUUCUCUUCUGGAACAGGGUCUAGUGGGACACUCGCAAUAUUUUUACUGCUUUUUAUAGUGUCUGUGAAGUACCUGUCGGAGGGAAUAGAGACUUGUGCCCGUCUGGUGUGCAAAACCACACUGUUGCGCCUAAAACGUUUGUAUGGAUUUGAAGGCUUAUUUGCAGAAUAGUAACUUUGUGCUAAAAAGUCUACGAGGACUUCUAAUCAAGUCAUCGUGUAAUUUGGGAUUCGAAAGUGUUUGGAAUGAAUGUGUGUAAAACGGUGGGGCUCGUAUUUUAAAUAAAGGGUGAUUUCUUGGGAUGAUCUGGGAAUGUUCCUGGUUUGAAAUAAAGUGUUCAUUAAAGGGGUUUAUGGAAAACCUUGAUGGGUAAAGGAAGUUUUAUUAAUGAAUCUGUGUGCUGGAAGAUCAAACUUCAUUUCCCCUGAUGCUUUUUCUUUGAUUCCACCCCCACAGGACCCUGAUCAGCAGUUGUCCUUCUGUUUAGGAUUUGUAGGAUUUGAUCGCUAUAUAGUUGGCAGUAUAAGAUCUGCGGUAUCGUAAAUAAAUUCAUUUACUUAAUCUUAAAGCCAGUCUUUUUUACUGGACUUAAUUGAUUAUUUGGUGCAUAUAUUUAAUCUUAUUGUGUGAAAAAGCUGCUAUGGAAAAUGUGUAGAUUAUAAUAAAUAUGUAAACAUGA